CUGUAUUGGAGAUAGAGGUAGUUGAACACUCUCAUAUUGUAGAUUUACCAAUGCUCUAUCGAAGUCUUAUUUGUGUGCUUUCAGUCGAGUCUUACAUGAAUGGAGGUAGUCGAGCGCUCCCAUAUUGUAGAUUCGCCAAUGCUCUUAUUGAAGUCCUAUUUGUGUGCUUCAGUCCAGACUUAUUUGUAGAUUCACCAAUGCUCUUAUUGAAGUCUUAUUUGUGUGCUUCGUUGAGACUUAUUUGUAGAUUCACCGAUGCUCUUAUUGAAGUCUUAUUUGUGUGCUUCGUCGAGACUUAUUUGUAGCUUCUUCGAUGCUCUCAUUGAAGUCUUAUUUGUGUGCUUCGUCGAGACUUAUUUGUAGAUUCACCGAUGCUCUUAUUGAAGUCUUAUUUGUGUGCUUCGUUGAGACUUAUUUGUAGAUUCACCGAUGCUCUUAUUGAAGUCUUAUUUGUGUGCUUCGUCGAGACUUAUUUGUAGAUUCACCGAUGCUCUUAUUGAAGUCUUAUUUGUGUUCUUCGUUGAGACUUAUUUGUAGCUUCUUUGAUGCUCUUAUUGAAGUCUUAUUUGUGUGCUUCGUUGAGACUUAUUUGUAGCUUCUUCAUGGAGGUAGUCGAGCGCUCCCAUAUGUCGAUUGAUUGAGUUUCUCAUCUUCCAUGUUGUUUGGUACGUCUUGCCCCCCAUUAGCGUAAUUAACGCUCAUGGAAGUAAAAAAUUUAAAAAUUUAAUAAUGUUAGAGAGAUAGAGUACUUAGCUUUAUAUUGGCGCAGUGGCGGCAGGUGUAGUUGAAAGGCAGACGCUGCGCCAUUGAAACACAAGGCUCGUAUGUAGCCUCCUGGUAAUGUUGCUUGUCUGGCGUAAGAGUGGUGCAGGUUCGAGGACUGGCGGCGACGACUUUAUUUUUGAAGAGUUCCGUGCCUAUUGAACACGGGGUGCGAGUUGGGCCACCUGUAGUGCGGGUCGCGAGUGUUGCGGCGGCGAGCCAUAAGCGAAUCGGGCCGCAAGCUUUGGAGGUAGAGUGACGCGGAGGAGUAUGAAGCGGGCCCGCGAGUGGUGGGUUCAUCUUCCGUGAGACUAUUGUUGGGGCGGAAGUGGGGCAAAGCCCAGUGUGAGGCGCGGAUCGCAAUCCAGGACCUGGGCCGCGAGUUGAAGUUGGUAGGGAUCAGAUGAUGCGAAACGGACUGGGGCGGAGUUUGAACGCGGGCCGCGAGUGAUGAUUGGCCAACUUGAUCGCCAGUUGGUGAACGGAAUAAAGCCCAUGUAGCGUGAUGUGGCCCGUGUCAUUGGGUAGAAUGAGUCUUCGGUUGACCUGGGCUAGCUUGAGGAGAAUUAAUGGGAGUGCGCUACAAGCUGGGCGGUCGAGCGUUGCUUGGGCCGCGAGCUGGGCGGUCGAGCGUUGCUUGGGCCGCGAGCUUGGAAGCUUACGAAGUUGUGCGCGAGGUGGGCCAUGGAGCCUCUGUCUUUCUUGAGCUAUUAUAACAUUCACCUUUGCUUUCAAUUCUUCAAUUAAAUGCCAGCGGAAGAGCGCUUCUGCUUCGGGUUCACUGUUUGGCGAUGUUUGAUGAAUUGAAAGCGACACUCGACUAGCGUCUCCGGUUUUUGCUUCCUUGACUUCCCGCUUAAGCUAUUGUGGCGGUGGUCACUAACGGCAGAGAGGAACUUGUCGCCGGAGAGACAAGAGAGAAGCGCUGCCAUUGAUGAAAGCAGAGGCAGGAGGCGACAGCUGCUGUUGAAUCGUUUGCGCCGAUAUUUCUUUCCACGCCUAAAACUUCAACCUUUGGGUAUGUAAGCAUGAGUGCGCGCGCCAUUGGUUCCCGCGGAGGGGUUUUUUUUGCAUCAAAUUCUUCUUGAACUUUUGCGCAUGCUCCUUCUACUGUUGGCCGUUUCGGCUCUCUGCUUUGCUCGCGAUGUCUUCUUCUCGUCGGAGCUUUGGCGUAGCACACACCUCUCGCCGGCGAGGUUACUGGGAUCUGGGAGAAGGAUCUUCGAGAUCUGAAAAUUUCUUAUUGUAGAAAGGAUUGAUAUUGUUGCUUCUGUUGCCGGAUAUGGAGAUUGGUUCCUCGAUUUGGUUUUACUAGCUUUCUCCUCCUUGUGGUGUGCAGAUUGAACCGAUGACGACGACCGAAAUAUGGUUUUGGAGCAGAUAUGGUUUUGGACCAUUUUGAGAUGCCAAUCCGGCAACAGACUGAAAUUGGGAGCGCGCUGCUACUGUUGCUUGUCGUGGCCGCUUGUUGUUGGUUGGGGAAGAAUUUAUUUCCCCGGAACUGGGUUUUCCUUCUUGGCUUUCCUAGUUUUUCGGAUUUGUGUUUUUUUACUUUCGGAUUCAGAGCUUCUUCCUUUGGGAGAUCGAUCGAACGCAAGUGGUGGGUUGUACGGCAUUGGGAACAUAUUCGCCGUGGGUAGAUGGGCUCGCCGGAAUCUGGGUUGCUGUAUAUAUAUAUAUAUUGUUGAAUCUGGGUUCUUCUGAGACACGAAAACAUCCUUUGCUCCUCCAUUUGAGCUCUACAUCAUAGAUCACAUGUACUCACAACCAACUUCUCCCCAAAACAGAACUCGGUGCAUUUGGAGAUCUCAGAUCUGUAUAUUUUUUUUCUGUUUCUCGCAUCUGCUGUUUGCUGCUGCUGCUCGUCAUUCUGUUUCUUCCCUCAUAGUCGAUAGAUCUCGAGCUUCCUGUUUCUUCCUCCAAAAGUCGCCCGAUCGGGAACUUUUCUUCUUUCUCUUUUCUGUCGAGCUUCAAUGAUUCUCCGUUUUCACGGAUUUCCUCAUUUUUGAUGAGACUGAAUGGACGAAUCACCAAAUCAUCCCCACGGUGGGCGCCAAUUGUUUGUACCGUCUUGCUCUGGAUCGAACAAUGAUAUUUGUAGGUGUGGGGCUGAUUCACGAUCCGUUCGUCUGGUCUCAUCGGGAGGGAAGAAACCUGUGAAAGAUUCGGGGAUGCCCCCCGGAUUAUACUCUAACGACCAAGUUAGUUUAUGGGGAGAGGCUUGCACCGGCCCUAUAAUACAAGUAAUAUCCCCACCAAACUUCGAGAAACUGCUUAGCAAGGACCGAUUUGCAGUGUCUCUUUGCCCUACCAAGGCCACAUUGACAUUGGUUCCUCUUGGUGGACGUGAUGGUGGUCACUCGAUACGGUUAUAUUUGGUUUGGGGCAAUGAGACAAGAGAAGAAAUGAAGAAGAGGUCUCGAGGGUGGAGACUUCAGCUGCAUCAAGUGCACGAGCCUUCAUCACCUGCCACACCACCUGCUCGUGACUUGAGACUCCACCUCAAAGAUGAGAACCUCAACUUCAAAGAGGUUCUAGCAUGGAUCGAAACUUAGGAGCUACUGUCCGGCUCACGACGUGAAAGAAACGCUUGUUUGGAGGCAACCCAACUAGUCGGUUUGAAUUUCUUUCCCUAUUUAACCUUGGUUGAAUCAGUUUUGUUCUUUGAUUUUAGAGUCAAUAACUCAAACUUUGUGAGAUUUGUGUGGUGUUUGUGUUCCAACUACUCUCUCCUCCUAGAAUGCACCGCCUGCCCGCCCACCAUCAUUCACCCUUGACCUGUUAACUUCGUUCUACCCUCCUUAUCUUUCCUCCAUUGAAGACAAUGUCGUGCUUAAGUGUGGGGCGAUGUUCGAUUACAUAUGCGUGUGAAUGUUUGGCUGUAUGUGUGUGCUUGGAGCCUAGUCCACUGUCCAAAUUUUAAAAGCACAAUUUAGAGCACCCUUUUUCAAAACAUGAUACAGGAGUCCAUGACAGGUAGAGAGUCCACAAUACCACACAAUUCAAGGGUCUUAAGAUCACUAAUUCAUACAAUCAAUCCUUGGAUUCGAUAUUUAUUACUUAAUCUAGUUUGCUAGAUAAUGAACUGAAGUUGAGUAA